UUGGCUAACGACAAUGCUAGUUCUCUAUCUAGACGAGACGAGAGCACACACACCUACGUCUGUUCGAUUGAGUGCAGUGAUCCUCCUUUUGGUAUAAUUUGGUGCGAUAGAUCCAGGAUUGGUGGAAUUCUAAUUAUCAGAAACCAGUAUGAUAAUGAAGGUGUUGAGUGUGGCUUGUUGCCUACUGGCAGCCCGCGUGUCUGCCGCGCCCGCCGCCGCCACCGCGCCCGCCAGCCCCGUUCUCACCAACGGCGGCAACAUCAACGACACCAUCUCCCAGUCCACCCUUCUCCAUACUGCUAACCACGACGUCACAUGCCUCGGGGUUCUGUUUGGAGAAGACAAAGAAAUCGAAGACAAAGUUGUGUUCUUUAUAGAGUCAGAUGUUAACAAACAAGGAGAGAGAGUCGACUACGGUCUACACGCGUUAACUAAAGACCCCACACAUCCUAACCAUACGGUCUCAACUAAACUAUUGGACAACGCCAGGGACAUCGCUGUAGCUUCCUUAACGGAAACGGCGUAUUUCGCUGCUAAAGACGGGAUAUACGUUUACAAUAAGAAGAAAAACUCAGCAGAAAAGUUCGGAUCCGUCAGUGACGAAGUGAUCUCGAUCGCGGCAGAGAAUGCCACCGGAGUGCUUUACUACGUGAACAAGCAGCAUCAGCUCUACAAGGUGACCGAAAGAGGACAGAAGGCUACUAUCGUCGAUGUGGUUAAAAACGCGGAUCAAAUUACUGUCGACUACAAGGGGCACCUGUAUUAUUAUACUGUCGACAAAAAGUUCUACGUGUACGACGGACAAAAUGCAAAACUAGUUGAAGGCGUCCCUAGUAAUCGGAACAAAGUAUCGUUCUUGAGGACUCCGGUACUGGUCGGGGACUACGGUGUAGUGAACGUGGACGGCGAUUACUACGUGAUAUACGGAGCGGACGCGUCUGGGCAUGCCGCGAGCGGCGGCGGCGCCGGCGGCAGAAGCGCAGUGUCAGUCGAAUCCGGCCUUGUCUUGUACUUUUCCGUCGACAGGAAGAUCUACGAACUUAACAUUAUAGAGAAAGUUGUUGAAGGCAUGAUGGAAGGACUGUCCAGAGGACUUAAAACAAUGAUGGAGGAAAUGCGAAAUACGUUUAAUUCGUUUGAUUUUUAGGACAUCCUUAUUACGUGACCUUUCCACAUGUGUAAUACACACAGAAAAAUUAUCUAAAUUUAAUAAGCAUACGCACACCCACUCACACGCACAUAAACACACACACACACACUCACACACACAAUCGCACACAAACACAUAUCCUCCCGAUUAUUAAAACUUUAUUAAAAUUGUAGUCCACCCCAUAUUGUACCUUGCAUAUACCUAUAAAAAAGGCUUACUCUAUUAAGAACAGAUUUUUGUUAAAAUUAGUUUUAUUAUACUUAAUUUCUUUCUAUUUUUUUUAGUUGUUUUGAAGAAAUAGUAGUUUAUAUAUAAAUUCUGUUAUACCACCUACGGGAGCUAGAGCGGUGUCUCUUGACACAAGUGUCAUGUACGCUUAAAAAGAGGCACCAGGCCAGUUAUAAUUACGUUUGUUUGUGCGAACUCAACAAAUAUAUUUUUUUACAUAGCUUCUUAUACCUACCUACAAACCUAAAAAAUUUACUUUUGAAAUAAAACUAUGAAAACGCAUUAUAUCGCGUAUAUUGAAUUUAUCCUACACGUAUCCCGACGUUUCGAACUUUGCUUUGUUUUCUACCCUUCUAAUAUUUAUUUAUUAUUUACUUUUUGAAAGUAUGCCUUUACAUAUAUUUACUACAUUCCUCUACGAGAUCUUGUACGUAGAUAUUAUUUUAUCUAAUGAAUUCCGAUUUAUUAAUGAUCUGUUUCGUGAUCUUUUUUUCUGUUUGUCAUUAAAUGUUGGAAAUUCACCAUAAAUAAGCAUCUGCACUGGAAAGAUCAUGUCGAACAAAUUUGCAACUGGCUAAACAAAUUUGUGUUUGCUCUCCAAAGACUCAAGGACACGGUCUCAAUUGAGGCCGCUCUGACUGCUUAUCAUGGAUACGUGUCCUCUGUUCUUCAUUACGGGCUAAUUUUUUGGGGUAGGUCUGUCAAUGUAGAGUUUUCAAAAUACAGAAAAAAUGUGUAAGGGCUAAUGUGUCAUGCUAGUCCUCAUAAUCCUUGUGUUCCCUUAUUUGUAAAGCUGCAUAUUCUUCCCUUACCCUGCUUAUACAUAAGAGAAAUAUCUUUAUUUGUUAAUAACCACCGUGCACUAUUUACCAAACGUAGUGAAGUUAUGCAUAGGCAGAAUAGGCAGAAAUUUGUAAAUCUACUUUUCAAACCACGUGGACAUAAAAUGAUUUAUGAAAAAAAAAAAUAUAACGUGUAUUUUAAUUUAUAAUAAUUAUAAUAGAUUACCUGAUGACUUAAAGAUACUCCGAGUUAACAUAUUCAAGCGCAAAUUGACUUGCUGGCUUAUGGACAGAUGCUUUUAUAGUAUUAAGGAUUAUUUGAACAACUGACAUUGCAAUUUUAAUUAGAAUUUUUUAUAUUUAUUUUAUAUACCUACAAAUAAUUUUUCAUUUAAUUUUGAUAUUUUUACUAAUUAUUCAUGUUUGUAUUGCUUUAUGAUUUGAUGUUAGAAUGUGCUUCUCUGUAAUGUUUCUGCACGCAGACUGAAUAAAUACACUGGGAUUUUGUUAUUUUUUUUGUAUAUGACCUGCAUGUAUGUACGUGUAUUCUGUGCAAAUAAAUUCUUUGAAUCUUUGG